UAUGGCAUUUUAGUAGAUUAUUAAUUUUGGUUAGAGGGGAAUUUUUGAAAGAAGGAAAUUUAGGAUUUUAUUUUUAAAGAUUUUGGGAAUUGGUUAAAAGAGGGUUAGGAGUUGGUUUAGAGUAUUUUUGAGCAAUUUUGAGGGUGUGGAAUUGAUGGUGUUGAUAUAGUGAGUGUAGUCAGUAAGAGCAGAAUGAAUUUGAGGGAAAAUGAAGAUAUCAAAUUAUUUCGGAAGCCCGAGAACUCUGGCAUCAUGCAUAAAGCCAAUAGAUUGAUGAGAAAUAGUUCAGCAUUUGGUCAGAGGCUGUCUCCAAGUUCUCCCCUAGCUUCUUCGUUGAUCUUGUAUUCUCCCGGUAACUUCAAAGCUAUGAGAGCUAAGAUCCAGGAUUAUUCACCUGUUUGAUCAUAUGUGAGAAGCCAAAAGAGAAAUUUUAACAGUUCUUCAUUUAAGAUCUCUGCCAACAAAAACAGACCAGGCAGUUUAAUAGAGCAAGAGCAUCAGUUUGAAAAGAAGUAUAAGUGCAAGCAGAGUCUAAAAGCAUCUACUAAAUAUAGACCAAAGAAGCCUUCGAAGAUCUUCGUGCCGAAGAUCAGCACAGACUUCUCUUAAGAGACCAAAUUGCUGAUGGACUUAGAGCCGUCAGCUGCAAGAACAUCAGGUGUAGAGUGCUAUCCAAGUAUCAGAUUGAGAGAGAAGGCGGCAAGUCGAAGAAAGUCAUCGUCGGCAAUUUCUGAAAGAAACGAAGAUUUCACAGAAAAAUCAGGUUUUCUAAAGGCUACCACAACACCACAGACUUAAGCAAGAUUCUUCCGAUUUUCAACAACAAAAAGUUGAGAAACUUCAACAAGCCCAAAGAACAGAAGUCAGCCAAUGAACUGACUUCAAAGGAGUUCUUAUUGGUGGAAAACAAGAUCAGACAACUGAACUGUAGAGUCAGGAAGCCUCCCAAUUUUGUUGUUGGGAGUGGUAACUCAGAGUGCUUCAUUAAGGAUUUCUAAGACUUAGUUUAUAUGGCCGCAUAC